AUGAAAAUUAAUUCCUUAUUAUUUUUCUUUUCGCUUUCGUUUUUGAUUUUAUUUGUUUCACUUCUGGAGAUUAAUUAUUUAAUAUCAUCACAACCUUCUCCAUCUUUAUCUACUAAAUCUUCAAGCACCUCGGGUACAACUAAAUUACAAUCAACAACAAUAAUUUCAACUUCAAGUUUUUUAGAAUAUCAACAACAAUUCACAGAUUGGAUGAUUCAAAACAAUAAAUCAUACACAAACAAUGAAUUCUUGACAAGAUUCCAUAUUUUUAUUGAUAAUCUGCUUUAUGUCAAUCAAUUCAAUUCAUUGACUGGAAAUGAUACUGAUGCCAUGAGAUUGGGAAUGAAUGUAUUUGCUGAUUUGACACUCGAUGAAUUCGCCAACACUUUCCUUGUGAAAGAUUUAUCAAAUUUCUCAUUAAAUUCAAACACAACCACUUCCACAACUUCGAGUACAACUACUACAACAGGAGGUGGAUUAUUAGGAGGAUUAUUAACAAGGGUUUUAGCAAUUGGAACUGGAGGAUCUACAUCUGGUGGUGGUGGUGGUGGAUUGUUAGGUGGUCUUUUAACAUGUUCAUCUCAACCAUCAAAAUCAUCUCUUAGAACUUUAAUGGCUGUCACUGUAGAUUGGAGAAGUUAUCUACCUCCAGUUAAAAAACAAGGAUCAUGUGGAAGUUGUUAUGCAUUUGGACCGCUAGCUCAGCUUGAAACUGCAUUGGCCAUAAAAGGUCAAAGAGUAUCUCUUUCAGAACAAGAAAUUGUUGAUUGUACAUCAAGUUAUGGCAAUAAAGGUUGUAGUGGAGGAUGGAUGACAAAAGUUUAUAAUUAUAUUUCAGAUGCAGGAGGUGUAAGUUCAGAAUCAUCAUAUCCCUACAAAGGUGUUGUUCAACAAUGUAAACCUGUUGGAACUAAAUAUGGUAUAGUCGUUAAUAAAGUGACUCUUUUCGACCAAAGCGGAAUUGAAAAUGCUUUAACAAACGUAGGACCAGUUGCUGUUGCUUUACAGGCCAAUGUAAGAUCAUUCCAGAUGUACAAAAGUGGUGUCUAUUAUGAUGAUACAUGUGGAGCAGGUCCAAUAGAUCAUAUCGUAGCACUUGUGGGUAUGGGAGAAGAGAGUGGAAAACAAUAUUAUAUUGUUAGAAAUAGUUGGGGUACUGGAUGGGGAGAAGGAGGAUAUAUGAGAAUGGUGCGAACUACUAGACGUGUCAAUGACCAAGGUUAUUAUUUAACAAUACAAUAA